AUUGUACGCAAAUUGUGCCAAAAGUUAGGUGACUUUUUUUCCACCUCGGUUGUGCAAACUGUGAAACGAUUUGUAUUCGUCCUGCGACAAUCGAGUUCUUUUCCUGUUCUCCUUUUUGACCAAUUGGAGCUGUCAACGUUUGGAUGCUAAUGCUAAUGCUAAUGCGCUCACGAUGCUUUGCUUUGCGCAUUCCUCAUUUAGAGCAGGGGUGUCAAACUCAUUUGUGUCACGGGCCACAUCGUAGUUAUGCUACGACUGUGAACCCAUAUCGGAGAAAGAUGACCUCGUGGACUGCCGCUACAUACAGUGUACGCAACGCAUCGACCAAUAAGCGGUUUUGAGAUCAGAAGCCGAUAAAAACCUGUUUUUGUUUUCAAAGUGGGAUCGGUAACAAAAACUAUCUCAAUGGUAUUACACCAGAACACAAUGAGCAAAUUCGCGGGCCACAUCAAAUGAUGUGGCGGGCCGGAUCUGGCCCCCGGGCCACCGGUUUGACACCUGCGAUUUAGAACAUUAUGACUUAUGACCGUAAACUUUUCCCCCCCCCCCCCAUCUCGGUCGGUGUGUGUUUGUAAAGACGAAUAGUCGAACGGGUCACUGAAUGUUCUUCUUUUUGAUCGCUGGGUGAUUGCGAUUGGCCGGCGACCAGUCCCGGGUCGGCCCGCUUCUCUCGAACUCCCGUUUCAUCCACGGGCGAGGUUGGCGCCCGGGCGGCCGGUCAGGCGUCCCCAAAAAGCGUCGGGCAAAAUGCAGAAGGUCAAAGGUCAGUCAUGACAAAGCGGGCCGGGCACGCCGCAACGCGACCGUGACGACACGGACGGGUUUGAUGCGCGGCCUAAUUAGGCUCGAAGACGAGAAGCGCUCCCAAAACGGAAGGAACGUGUUCCCGUGACGGAGAGGAAGAUGAGGGGCGACGAAGAGCGCCGUUGGCUUCAACUCGGAAGCGGAGGAAAACACUCGACGUGACCUUCGCGUGCGCGAUCGAUUGCGGCGAUGAUGGGAAUGAAGGCCGAAUGCCCUCCGGCGCUUUGCAAAUUCAGUUGUGCGAAAAGUGCUCGUUAAAGGCCGGCGAUCGAUCCAGUUGGAAGAAAAUCCUUUCCCGCGCGGCUCGGGAUUAGCGUCAGCAUUGUUUUUCUUUUCCUGCGCCGACCUCGCCAUUUCGUUGCCGUGGAAAUAGCGUGAAAGAUCAUCAGGAACUUGACGAUGCUUAUCCUGUACCGCAAAAAAAUGGAAAAAACCUCUGGCUACUUGAUCCCAUCCAAAAUAUUGGAACAUCUUUACGGAAUCCAAAAUGACCAAAUCGAACAGUUUUAAGUGGUAGACUAAACGACCCGCAUUAACAUUCAACUAACGGUUUCCAAGAAGUUGCGAUGAUUGUUUUUCUUCAAUUCCACAAAGUCGUGACAAGAUUGCACAAAGACGUCCUUGGCGAAUAAAGACGAUUGCGAUUGCGAUUGCGAUUGUGAAUUGCGCUCGCGAGUUCCCCAGUCAGCAAACAACCAAUCGGUCAGCAGAGUUGGCCGAGAGGCUAGCAAAGGAAAAAAACAGCAAUCAAGCGGAAACCCCCUCCCCGAACUACACAAACAAACACCAACAAGGACAAUGACUGCAAUAAGUCAACAGUGCGUGGCGGCGCAAUGCAUUCUGGGAACCGCACGGCUUCUGGAUAUUUCUUUUCUUUUGCAUUUUUGAUUCAUUUUCUUGCGUGCUCUCCGGAGAAAGGAUCCUCGACAAUUGCCGUUCAUCAUUGAAUAGGGGAUGAAAAAAGAAGUUAUUGUAUUGAUUAUUUGUAUUUGUAUUUUUACAUGAAUCGGCCAAUUUCUUGGUUAUUGGAAUUUUGUUUCUGCCAAAUGUCAGAAUUGGCGAAAGAGAAAUGUCAUUCUUUUCAAAUGUUGAUACUGCAUCAUUUGCAUGUGUGAAUGGUGACGUCACUGACCAGAUAUGAGUGUCCAUUUUCUAUUUCCAGUUCUUGACUGUCGUGACAGCGUUUCGUUGUAAUUGACAGUCGAUGGAGUCGAUUGGAGUCAAGUGCGGGGAACGAGCGCCCUCUGCUGUCUCCCGCCUCAGCGAAAAAGAAAUCCCCCGCGGCGUGACGUCGGCACGGGACCCCGAGCGCGGCGGCGCGAUGACGUCACGUUCUGUGGGAAUAAUGGGCGGGGUCUUAGGCGAGUCACGUGAGCCAGCCGGCCCUUUGUUGAUGAGAUCCGUCGAAGAGGAACAACGAGAACGAGAAGAACGAGCACAACAAAAGAAGAAAGAAACAAACCCGCUUGCAAGAGGGACACGAAGAAGAAGAAGAAGAAGGAGAAGAAGAAGAAGAAGCAGCAGCAGCAGCAGCAGCAGCAGCAGCAGAAGAACCUCGUCCGUUUGGAUCUCGGAGCUGGCGGGUCUCGCUUCUUGUCCGUCCGACUCGUGAGGAUGGAGGCGCAGUCCGGCUUUUGAGGGGCCGAAGCCCGCCCGACGGUGGGGGUCGCCGUUCGCGCUCAUCUUCCUCACCCUCCUCAUCGUCAGCCUCUUGGGGACAAAAGCCCGUCUGACGUCAUCUGGCGCUCGCCCAUCAUGGCAUCGUGGUCUUCCUCCCCCUUCCUGCUCGUCCUGCUGCUCCUUCCCGAGGCCUGCGCGAGCGGAACUCCUCGAGGACGAGGACGAGGAGGCGCGCUCGACUGUGGACCGGGAAAGAGCGACGAGUGUCCAGACGCGUUUGUGAAGAAGAGCGACCUGCGCGUGUGCGACGCAGGCACGUGUCGUUUUGGCGGGACCUGCCGCGAGAACGGCGCCGACAUCAAGUGCGUGUGCCACUUCCACUGCCACAAGAAGUACGUUCCCGUGUGCGCGUCCGACGGCGACACGUACCAGAACGACUGCUUCCUGCGGCGAGCCGCCUGCAAGAAGCAGCGAGCCGUCGCCGUCGUGUCGGAGGGAGCCUGUUACCACGAUGGCGCGUCGGGAUCUGGAGAUGGAGAUCACGAAGGUUCUGGCGGCGGUCGUGGCAAAAAAACGUCCAAAUGCGGAAACUGCAAGUUUGGUGCCGAGUGUGACGAAGACUCUGAGGACACACUCUGCAUGUGCAACAUCGUGUGUAACGGCCACAACGACAACCCGGUGUGCGGCGGCGACGGCGUGACGUACGAAACGCCGUGCCACGUGCGCGAGGCGUCGUGCCUCAAGCAGACCAAGAUCGACAUCCGCCACGUGGGCCGUUGCCAAGACAAAAGCAGGAAGGACGACGGCGUCAAGAUGAAACCGGACGUGUUCGCCGUUUCCAAGUCUGGCGAGGGGGAGGGGCUAGUGGAAGGCUCCGCCCCCUGCCCUCCAGACCACGCCCUCAUUUGCAUCCACGGCCAAUGCGAGAUGAGGAGCAGCCGGGCCACGUGCAGGUGCUCGGCGUCGUACGGCGGUCCUCGCUGCGACCGGCUGGUGGACUUCAACAUCCUCUACGUGGUCCCCAGUGGCCACAAGCUGCAUUACGUCCUGAUCGCCGGCAUCAUCGGCGCAGUCCAGAUCGCUGUCAUCGCGGCGCUCGUCAUGUGCUUCGCGAGGAGGUGCAACAAGGCGAAGCGAGGGCGAAGACAGAAGCAACAUCUGGGCCACUUCCCGCCGGGAACGUCGUCCAGGAUGAUGUAGCCUAGCCUAGCCUAGCUUAGCGACGCAACUCCUUUUUUUCCACUUGAUCCCCUUUUUUCCACGGACACUUUUGAUAACUCCACUUGUGGUGCCUCUUCCUUUUCUAGUCAGAUACUUUCAACUCCUAAGGGGCCUUAUUUUAUUGUUUACGUUGACUUUUUUAUUGGAUUUUUGUAGCGUUUUCUUUUUGGGUUUAUUGUUGAUUUUCAUUGUGGACAUGUCUCUGCUCAGUUGCAGAAUUUUUCGAAGAGGCAAGAGCAGAUGAGCUCGAACACUGCGGAUGCGCUUUUCUGGGGGGUUAGCACGCACGCUAACGCCUCUUGGCUUUUGUUUACAUUUCGGGAGGAAGCGGCACGUUUUUGGGAAUCUUAUUUCAAAUGUUUGAAGCUCACAACGUGGAACUUUUUCAAACUUUCUCAAGCUUUUCUCGACACAUUGGAAUUCACCAGUCACGACGGUCGCUCGCUCGAAGGCACCGCGAGGCGUUUAAGGACAUACGUUUGACGCUGCUGACGUGCUGCAGGGGGCGCUCUCAUCUCAACUUUGCUGCAAUGUCACGACAAGCAAAAUGUUUUUGUUUUUUUUUACUCUUUCCGGUCCUGACUUCCAAAGCAACAAAUACACGUGUUUGUCCUUUCCAGAAAAAUGUAUUCAAUGUUUGUUUUUCUUGAUUUUUAUUCAAGAUGAUAAUGUAAAGAUUUGUCAUCUUUUUUUUGUUUUUUUUUUAAAAAUAUAUUUAAUGUUGUUACCAAGUGUCCACGUUGCUCGUUUUCAUGUUCUAGAUGAAGCGGCCGCGACCGGUCCCGGUCCGAGUCGUGGCUGCGCUGUAGCUGUUGCAUGCCGCCGUGACGUGUCGCUGUGGUUACGAUGUUGUAGAAUUAAAUCGCCAUGGUAACA